AAAGGCGGAGUGCUUUUUUUUGAACGAGGGAGGGGAGGAGGAAUGAACACGGGCGAUAACAGACUGGUUGGCUUCGGUGGCAAAUGAAAUCAAACAGACCGGGGACCAAGAGAAAAGUACGCCGGCUGCACGGACACAACGAAAAAAAGCAAGAUAGAACAACAGACUAAAAAAACACGAAAUAUUGCACUAAUUUGAGGCGUAGAUGAAAAGCAAGCCCCAACAGUAGCCCUUCGGUGAGGUAUUUCGAAAAAAGAUGAGUAGACGAUACUGAUUGGAGUUGACAAGCCCGCUCCACUACUGAAUCCACCCCCCCCCCCUCUCCCAAACCAGGAAAUCGUCGAGGUGUGCUCUCCCUUUCUCUUGUUGAUUCUUCCAGACCCCAGUGUGGGCAGAUACAUGUGCAUUUCGGCGCGAUUAUCGACUUUUGUUUUGUUUUUUUGUUUUUUCCGAACUCCGACAAAAGAUCUGAGUCACAAAAAGACGGUCAGGGAGAGGAUCCACACUCUCGCCUAACAAUGAGUGAGUCCAGUAUCUGCCAGGCUCGGGCCACGGUGAUGAUCUACGACGAUGGCAAUAAGAAGUGGGUACCGGCAGGGACGGGCGCGCAGAGCUUCAGCAGGGUGCAGAUCUACCACAAUCCCUCCACCAACGCCUUCCGGGUGGUGGGACGCAAGCUGCAGACCGACCAGCAGGUGGUGAUAAACUGUCCAAUCCACAAGGGGCUGAAAUACAACCAGGCCACGCCCAACUUCCACCAGUGGAGGGACGCGCGGCAGGUGUGGGGGUUCAACUUCGGCAGCAAAGAGGAUGCAGCGCUGUUCUCCAGCGGCAUGCUGCACGCCCUGGAAGUGCUGAACGCACCUGACACAGGUUCGUCCACCCUCCCCCGUCCUGUGCAGAAUGGGCCGUCCCCAGAGGAGCUGGAACAGCAGAGAAGGCUGGAACAGCAGGAGAGGGAGAGACAGGAAAGAGAGAAGCAGGAGCGAGAGAGGCAGGCGGCAGCGGCUGCAGCAUCACCUCCUGCUCCGCCAGCGGCCCCAGGAGCCCCUCCCCCCCCGCCGGCGCCCCCACCUCCACCUGCCCCCCCACUACCGUCUGGGAUCCCCGCGCCGCCUGGCCCCCCUCCCUCAGGCGGCCCCCCUCCCGCCCCACCGCUCCCCCUGCCUGGUGGAGGGGGUGGGGGAGGGGGCGGUGGUGGAGGAGGCGGUGGGGGAGGUGAUGGGGGAGGUGGUGGAGGAGGUGGUUUGGGCGGAGGAUUAGCUGCAGCCCUCGCUGGGGCAAAACUUCGGAAAGUGCCCAAGGAUGACGGUGGCGUGGCAGCUCCCAAGGCCGACGCCAGCCGCAGCAGUGCCUCAAUGCCGUCAGGGGGCGGAGGCCUGAUGGGGGAAAUGAGCGCCAUCCUCGCCCGACGGAGAAAAGCCGCAGACAAGGGCGGGAAGGUGGCCGCGAAGCCCGAGGAGCCCAGCAACGGUGAUUUGGAGUCCUCAGAUACCAUCAAGAAACCCUGGGAAAAAGCCUCAACCAUGCCCAGGCAUAACUCCGUCUGCAGUCGCAUGGAACCCUCGUUCUCCUCGCCAUCGCUGCCCAGGCAUAACUCCGUCUCCAGUCGCAUGGAACCCUCGUUCUCCUCGCCAUCGCUGCCCAGGCAUAACUCCGUCUCCAGUCGCAUGGAACCCUCGUUCUCCUCGCCAUCGCUGCCCAGGGUGAAGCAGGCGCCAGCCAGCAGUAAUGACUCUGGUGGUGGAGAGGAAUCGGAGAUGGAAAGAAUCAAACAGGAGCUGCUGGAGGAGGUUCGCAAAGAGCUGCAGAAAGUAAAAGAGGAGAUUAUCGGAGCAUUCAUUCAGGAGCUGCAGAAGAGAGGCUCCACAUAGUCCUGCUGGGGCUCUGGAAAGGGAAGGAGGGAGGGAGAGAGGGUGGGAUGGAGGGAUGUGGGGGAAGAGGGACCCAGCUGGGUGGGGUUCUACCCUUCCCCACACCACUGUUUUCCUCACACUCUUAUGCAACCCAGGGAACACAUAUACACACACACACAUACACACACACAGCCCAGGACUAUAUUUAUCCAUAUGCUGGGGACAUACCACACCCCCCCCUCUCUCUCUCUCUCUCUCUCCUCCUCCCCACAGCACUCUCACGUUUGGCUUCAUGUACACGCCCAUGGUUAUGAUCCACUGUUUGAGCAGAGUCGCAUAUCUCCUCACAUCCCUCCAUCUCUCACUCAACCCCACCCCCAUAAUCACCCGGCACAGUUUCCUUAACGCUUCAUCACCUUUUCUUUUUCCUUACUUGAGUCUCCAGUAUUCAGGGAAUGUUAUUCUGAACAAUAACGACACUAAAGGUGCACUAGCACGGAUGGCUCUGUAGGCCUCUCUUGCCUUUCCGCUGAUGCCUAAAUACGAAGCAAUGAAAAUAAAGGGCUUUGCUCCCCCAGCCCUGGGCCUAGAGAACCACAGGUUUCUGCUGGUUUCUUUUUUCCUUACUCAGCACUUAAUUGAUCGAUUACAGCAGCUGAUAGCACACUUAACUCGCAUCGUAUUGUUUCUUGGGCCCUGGAAUUUGUUCUUGAUUUUAAUAUACAAUCCGGCAGAUCCGUGUGGCUUCUCCAGGAGCAGGGUUUCAGGGAGUCCCCCCCCCCGAUAGAAUCCUUUCAUGCGUGCUUUGAAAGGGGCCGCCAGGAAUGUCAGCGUUUGAGUGUGUAACGGGGUCGGUUGUACCAGGGGCCGCCUGGGGCUCCUGCUGCAGGACAGGAGCGUUACAACCGCCCCCCCCCCCCUCCCCCCACGUACACGGCAAACCACUCGGGCGUGAGAAGAGGUGGAUGCUGGGAAGACAGGAAGAGCAGUUGUGGUCCCCCCCCCCCCCUCCCCAAAAAAAAAACACCCCUCCAUUGUCAGAGGGAGGAGAUGGGGUAAGGGGAGGGCCAGAAAUGAAAAGAAAACGGAAAGAUGGAGGGAGCUAGUCUUUUCUGAAGCGCUUAGAGGCACGCCUGAAAUGUGGAUCCUGCAUCUGUAUUGGCCACUUUGUUUCCCUCAAGUGCUGCGUUUUUCAAACUCCACUUUUCUCUUCCCAUUAAGGUCUGUUUUAUACAUAUGCAUUAACAUAUGGAGAGGAAAAAAUAACUUUGCCACGACCAAGCCUGAUAACUGCCUUGGAGAAUAUAUAUAUAAUAUAUAUAACGUAUAUAUAUAUUUGUUUUUGAGGGAAAUUGAAAAGCAAAAAAAAAAGAAGAUGUUUCUAUUUUAAUUGAGAUUUCUGGUGAAUGGGGAAUUUUUUGAUGAUUUUUUUUUUUUCUUUUUAAAGAUUAUUUUGGGUUUAUUGUUAUUUUGCUUUUUUUCUAUUAGAAUAUAGCCUUUUUACACUGAAAUAUAAAGAAAAUGGCGUACGGACACUGGAGUAGACCUGCCUUUAUAGUCAAAUACAGUCGCUUCUUCUGCA